AAAAAUAAAUAUUUUGUCAAAUCAUUGCGUUAUUGUUCGACACUGUUAAUUUCUUAAAUCCUAUCAAUUUCAAUAAUUUCUAAUCUUUAUUCUAUAUAACAAGAGAUAUAAAAAAUUAAUAAUGAAUAUCACAUCGGCUGCAGGGAUUAUAUCCCUGCUUGACGAGCCCAUGUCAGAAGUGAAAGAGUUCGCGUUGAAGAGGUUGGACAAUAUCGUCGACGAAUUUUGGCCCGAGAUAUCUGAAUCGAUCGAAAAAAUAGAAAUCUUGCAUGAGGACAAAGUGUUCUCCCAGCACCAGUUAGCAGCCUUGGUAGCUAGCAAGGUCUACUACCACCUAGGGGCAUUUGAAGAUUCUUUGACGUACGCUUUAGGAGCUGGUGAUUUGUUUGAUGUUAAUGCCCGGAAUGAAUAUGUGGAUACGACUAUCGCAAAAGCUAUUGAUUUCUACACCCAGAAAAGAAAAUCUCUGUAUGUGGAAGGUGUAGGAGAAAUAAUUGAUCCUCGUUUGGAGGCCAUUGUGAAUCGUAUGUUUCAGAGAUGUUUAGACGAUGGUCAAUACAGGCAGGCUCUCGGAUUAGCACUGGAGACGCGCCGCAUGGAUAUCUUCCAGAAAUCCAUUAUGGAUUCUGAUGAUAUAUCAGGAAUGCUUCAGUAUGCUUUUACAGUGGCAAUGAGUCUUCUUCAGAACAGGGGCUUCCGCAGUAUAGUUCUUCGCUGUCUUGUUGAUCUCUAUAGAGGACUCAAUAUCCCUGACUAUGUAAAUAUGUGUCAGUGUCUAAUUUUCCUCGAAGAUCCUUUAUCUGUUGCAAAAAUCCUUGACAGACUUACACAUGGUCCUCAGGAAUCAGUAUUAAUGGCCUAUCAAAUAGCUUUUGAUUUGUAUGAUUCUGCAACACAACAGUUUCUGGGCAGGGUUUUACAAGCCUUGAGGAGCACAGCUCCUAUACCCAAUGCAUUGGGUGGAAAACCACAGCCGCAAGGAGGACCAUUCCCUGAGUCUACUAUGGAAGUUGAACAAACACCAACAGAAGAGUCUAAGAAGCCUGAAAGAGAUAUUGAAAAUUUAAAUGAUGAAGAGAAAGAACACCAGCGAAGGGUUGAAAAGUUAAUUUCUAUUUUGGGAGGUGAUGUAUCAAUAGGCCUACAAUUACAGUUCUUAAUUAGGUCUAAUCAUGCUGAUAUGCUUAUAUUGAAAAACACAAAAGAUGCUAUCAGAGUUUCAAUAUGUCACACAGCAACAGUUAUUGCAAAUGCAUUUAUGCAUGCCGGUACUACAAGUGACCAAUUUUUGAGAGAUAAUCUGGAAUGGUUAGCUAGAGCUACAAACUGGGCUAAAUUGACAGUCACAGCAUCUCUUGGUGUAAUACACAGAGGUCACGAAAAUGAAUCCUUAGCUCUCAUGCAAUCAUAUUUACCUAAAGAAGCAGGUCCAUCUUCAGGGUACUCUGAAGGUGGUGGUUUAUAUGCACUCGGCUUAAUCCAUGCUAAUCAUGGUGCAAAUAUCAUUGACUAUCUUUUAACACAAUUAAAAGAUGCACAAAAUGAGAUGGUCCGCCAUGGGGGUUGUCUGGGUCUUGGUUUGGCUGCCAUGGGUACACAUCGGCAGGAUGUUUAUGAACAAUUAAAGUUUAAUCUCUACCAAGAUGAUGCUGUCACUGGUGAGGCUGCUGGCAUUGCUAUGGGUAUGGUAAUGUUGGGUUCAAGACAUGCUGCAGCUAUUGAAGAUAUGGUUGCUUAUGCCCAAGAAACUCAACAUGAAAAAAUUUUGAGAGGCUUAGCUGUUGGCAUUGCUUUCACAAUGUAUGGAAGACUUGAAGAAGCUGAUGCCCUUGUUAAACAAUUAUUGAGAGAUAAGGAUCCUUUAUUGCGACGAGCUGGAUGCUACACUAUAGCCACUGCAUAUUGUGGCACAGGCAACAAUGACUCCAUACGUACAUUGUUGCAUGUUGCAGUAUCGGAUGUAAAUGAUGAUGUUCGUCGUGCUGCAGUUACUGCACUUGGUUUUCUUCUCUUUAGAACACCAGAACAAUGUCCUUCAGUUGUAUCUCUCCUGGCUGAAUCCUACAACCCGCAUGUCCGUUAUGGUGCAGCUAUGGCAUUAGGAAUUGCCUGUGCUGGCACAGGAAAUCGUGAAGCCAUUGGGCUAUUAGAGCCAAUGGUCAAAUUUGACCCUGUUAAUUUUGUAAGACAGGGUGCAUUAAUUGCCUCAGCUAUGAUUUUGAUUCAACAAACAGAAUCUCUGUGCCCUAAAGUGACUUACUUCCGCCAGUUAUAUGCACAAGUAAUUUCAAAUAAACAUGAAGAUGUUAUGGCAAAAUUCGGUGCAAUUUUAGCUCAGGGUAUCAUUGACGCUGGUGGCCGAAAUGUCACUGUUUCCCUUCAAAACAGAACUGGACAUAUGAAUAUGUUGGCUGUCGUAGGAAUGUUGGUGUUUACACAGUAUUGGUACUGGUUUCCGCUGGCUCAUUGCUUGUCAUUGGCCUUUACACCCACAUGUCUGAUUGCACUUAAUUCAGAUUUGAAGAUGCCUCAGAUGGACAUUAAAUCAAAUUCAAAACCAUCACUUUAUGCUUAUCCAGCUCCACUUGAAGAAAAGAAACGAGAGGAAAGGGAAAGAGUCACUACUGCUGUAUUGAGUAUUGCCGCUGCUAGAGCUCGCAGGAGAGCACAUGGCACCGAAGGUUCAGCUAGCAGCGGCAGUUCAUCAUCAGCAUCUAAAAUGGAUGUUGAUGAAGAAGAAAAGAAGCCAUCAAAAUCUCCUAAUCCUAACAUAACUGUUCAUGGUAAAACUGAGAAGGAAGCUGGAACAUCAAAAGAUAACAAGAAGGAAGAGAAAGAAGGAGAAGAAAAAGAAGUAAAAGAAAAAAAGGAACCAGAACCGACUUUUGAAAUUUUAAGCAAUCCAGCAAGAGUAAUGAGACAACAGUUAAAGGCUAUCUCUAUUGUAGAUGGCUCGGGCUUUUUGCCAUUGAAAGAUGUAACCAUUGGAGGCAUUGUGAUGCUAAACCACUCUGGUGAUGUUGAACAAGUACUUGUUGAGCCUGUUGCCGCCUUUGGCCCAAAGACUGAAGAAGAGAAGGAACCCGAGCCACCAGAACCCUUUGAAUAUUUAGAUGAUUGAUAGGUAUAGUCCCUUUGACAAAUAUACAUAUAUUUUUAAAAUCAGUAUGAGUAGAUUAUAAUAUAACAUGAAAUGUAUUGAACAAGUUAACAGUAAAGUGUUUAAAUACGGUCAAUAGAUACUAACUAAAAAUUUAUUGUGUUUCUUAUCGAUUAAAUGAUUGUUCGUCAGAUAUA